AGAUGAUACUCCACACGUCCCCAAUGAGAAGCUUGGAGAAGAAAAGGUUCUGCACAUAGUAGAAAAUCUGACUUCUCUGAUAAGAGAGACAUUUCCAGACACUAAAGUCUACGCGGCGAUGGGCAAUCAUGACUUCCACCCCAAGAGUCAGUUGCCAGGGAAGGAGCACAGGAUCUACAACCGAACAGCUGAACUGUGGCGUCCCUGGCUGAACGAUGCUUCCAUUCCUCUUUUCAGAGCAGGAGCUUUCUACAGUGAGAAGCUGCCCAGCCCAAGGACAAGGGGGCGAAUGGUUGUCCUCAAUACCAAUCUGUACUAUGACCAGAAUUACGAGACAGCUGGUGAGGAAGAUCCUGCAGGGCAGUUCCAGUGGCUGGAAGAAACACUGACCAAUGCCUCUAGAGCAGAUGAAAUGGUCUACAUCGUGGGGCACGUCCCUCCUGGCUUCUUCGAGAAGAAACGAGACAAGCCCUGGUUCCGGAGUGGCUUUAAUGAGCGAUACUUGAAAAUUGUGCAGAAGCACCACAGAGUGAUUGCUGCCCAGUUUUUUGGGCACCAUCACACGGACACCUUUCGGAUGUUUUACAGUGAUACAGGUUCUCCAAUCAAUGUCAUGUUCGUGGCCCCUGGAGUGACUCCCUGGAAAACAACAUUACCUGGGGUGAACAAUGGAGCCAACAACCCUGGGAUUCGGGUGAUCGACUAUGAUCCAGACACCCUUCAGGUUUUG